UGCAGAGGAUGCUGCGUGCCUGCCGCAAGCCAAUGCCUGACACCUGCCGCGUUUCCUUCAGUCCCACUCCCAGAGAGGUGGGUUCUGUCUUGACCUCAUUCUGCAGGUGAGGAAGCUGAGCUUCAGAGCGGGGAGGGAUGUACCCACAGCCACGUAGCUGGCAGGUGGCAGGGCUGCCAUUCCAGCUGAGGCCCAUCAUGUGCAAAUAGCCCUCCGGGAAGGGUUCGUGGAAUGGGCCAGAGGAGUGAGGGAGACGGCCUUGCCUCUGUGCUGAACACCUGUGUGUGCUGGGCCUGCGAAUGGGGAAGAGCGCUGUGCACCCUUCACCUCCCCCAAUCCCCCAUCACUUUGCUAGGCCAGGUGUAGCUGGGCAUAAGUGAUGGGGGCCGGGGGGCCUUUAGUGGGAGGUGCCGCUGGAAAGGAAGACUGUGAGCCCAGGCUAAGCACUCCAGCCCUCGGGCCUCAGUGUCCUCAUCUGUAGACUGGAGACCGCAAACUCUCUAGGGACUUGGGGAUUGUAUGAGAGAAGUGACGGAGUAAAUGAGACGUGGCAGGUACAGGCUCAGCACAAACCCCUGGUGUGGAGUCAGGUGCAGUCCAGGCUGCUGUUAUUAUCCAGGAUACAAAGCACCUGGGCCCAGUGCCUGCACGUGGAAUUAGGGUUGUAUUUGCGCCUGAUGCUCAGACUGCUUUGAGUCAAUGCGGAAGCUCUCCCUGGGCUCCUUGGGGCCCUCCAACCCCAUGGCAGUCAGAGCUGGUUGUGGGCCAGCACAGUGGGGAGGAAGUGUGGCCGUGUGGCAUGGCAGCAGAGCCUCUUUCGGUUCCUGGGCCUAUUUUAAGGGUUGUGGGUUCCGGCCUCUGCCCGUUCCUGGGGCUGGAGCAGCCCAGGAGGCCCUCCCCUGAGCCUGAGACUCUGUGUCCUUCUGGACGGAACCUGAGGACGCUGGACCUUACACUUGAAAGAGGCCGAGGACCACAGCUGUGUGGACGUCUUUGCAGCAGCCACGUAGGCACCGCUGGCCUGGGGUGCUUCAAGGAUGACCGCAUCGUCUUCUGGACUUGGAUGUUCUCCACCUACUUCAUGGAGAAAUGGGCUCCCCGGCAGGACGACAUGCUUUUCUACGUGCGCCGGAAGCUGGCGUACUCCAGCAGCGAAAGCUGUGCAGACGGGAGGAAGGCAGCUGAGCCCGAGGUGGAGGUGGAGGUGUACCGGCGGGACUCCAAGAAGCUGCCAGGCCUGGGAGACCCUGACAUCGACUGGGAGGAGAGCGUCUGCCUGAAUCUCAUCCUGCAGAAGCUGGACUACAUGGUGACCUGUGCGGUGUGCACACGUGCUGACGGCGGGGACAUUCACAUACAUAAGAAGAAAUCUCAGCAAGUGUUCGCGUCCCCCAGUAAACACCCCAUGGACAGCAAGGGGGAGGAGUCCAAGAUCAGCUACCCCAACAUCUUCUUCAUGAUUGACAGCUUCGAGGAGGUGUUCAGCGACAUGACUGUGGGGGAAGGAGAGAUGGUCUGCGUGGAGCUGGUGGCCAGUGACAAAACCAACACGUUCCAGGGGGUCAUCUUUCAGGGCUCCAUCCGCUACGAGGCGCUCAAGAAGGUGUACGACAACCGGGUGAGCGUGGCCGCCCGCAUGGCACAGAAGAUGUCGUUUGGCUUCUACAAGUACAGCAACAUGGAGUUUGUGCGCAUGAAGGGCCCCCAGGGCAAGGGCCAUGCCGAGAUGGCGGUCAGCCGAGUGUCCACAGGUGACACGUCCCCCUGUGGGACUGAAGAGGACUCCAGCCCAGCUUCGCCCAUGCACGAGCGGGUGACCUCCUUCAGCACGCCCCCCACCCCAGAACGGAACAACCGGCCCGCCUUCUUCUCCCCAUCCCUCAAGAGGAAGGUGCCCCGGAACCGGAUCGCUGAGAUGAAGAAGUCGCACUCGGCCAAUGACAGCGAGGAGUUCUUCCGGGAGGACGACGGUGGAGCCGAUCUGCACAAUGCAACCAACCUGCGGUCUCGGUCCCUGUCGGGCACAGGACGGUCCCUGGUCGGGUCCUGGCUGAAGCUGAACAGAGCAGAUGGCAACUUCCUUCUCUAUGCACACUUAACCUACGUCACUUUGCCGCUGCAUCGGAUUUUAACAGACAUCCUGGAAGUUCGGCAGAAGCCCAUCCUGAUGACCUAGCCGCGUGCGGAGCCUGCGCAGAGCCCUGGCCGGGCCCAGCCCUGGGAGUGCUGCCAAGUGCCUACCUGUCCACCGCCACCGGGGUCUUCUGUGACACGCCAGUGCUGGAGCCGCAGCCAGGCGAGGCCACUUGACUCCCGGGGCCAGGGCCGACUCCACGAACACCAGCCCAAACUGAAGUGCCUCUUCCCUCCCCUGCUGGCUCUGCUCCGCCCUGUGCCCCCCGCCCAUCGCCCCCCACCCAUCUCUGGAGAGCCCUCUGCACCCAAAGAGGAGUAGAGAUGCCGAGCGGCCAUGAGAGAGAGCGGGAGGAGCAGCUGAUGCCCAGAGCGGGGCCAGACCGGCGCAUCUAUGUUCACAUCCCCCCAGCAGCAGGCGGAACCACCCAGCCAGGGCACUCAGCGAAUCAGACUGUCCACGCCUUAUUGAGGAAAGCCGGUGGAAGAUUCUGGAAUGCCGUGCGGAUGAACUUCAGCACCCGAGUCAGUCCCAGCUCAUUCUCCCCAGUUUACCACUUUGUUCUAAUAGGAGAUGGGAACACAAGAAGUUUGAUGGCUUUGCCCUGGGCUGGGAAUACCUCACCCACGCCCAGUUCCAGAAAGGCCUCCAGCUGAGCAGACGGCUCUGAUCCCGCCAGAACGGCCUUUUGCUUCCAGCCAAAGAACACCGCCAACACCUCCAACCUGGGACAUCCCAUGCUGGGCCUCGGACGGAGGGACCUCCAGAAUUUGGAUUCUGAGGGUAGUCGGGAGGCCUCGGUAGCCAGGCAGAACAGGACAUCUGCCAAAGGGUGUCUGCUGUCGGGUGGGGCUGGCAUCCUCCCGGGAAGGUUCUAGGUGGGACCCUGUCUUUUGGGGGCGGGGGUGUCUUUUCAUCUUCCCUGGUUUCCUAGAGCUCACUUCCUUUGACGGCGUGUGCUGGUCCCAUCUCAGACCAGCUCACUGAGGCAGAGGAGUUGCUCAGAGGCUCACAUGGGCACCCCCAUCGGUUCGUGUGAGCAGCUGCUCAGCCCCAGGCCUGCCCUCGGCCUGGUCCAGCAUGAAGGCGUUUCCAUCUGCAAGGAUGCACGGUACCCUCCCCAAGAGCAGAACUGUCCCCUCCCCAGCUGGGAGUAAACUGGAAGCUGGGUCUCUGUUGCUAUGUGUUUUUGUGUGAAGUUCCCAGGAAUAUUUGAGGGGUUCCAGUCAUGUGUUUAGGGAUCUUCUCUGUGGGGGGAAAAGGAAGAGGAGGGGCUUGUUCUCCCAUCUGAUUAUUCUUUGGGCUCCGGGAACAGGGGACUACUUUGGGGCUUUCUCCAGACUUUUGUAUGUUAUUAUUAAAAGCGAGCUAUUGCAUUUCA